AUGUUAGUUAAAGUCCGUUCCAGGGGUAGGCCAAAUCCUCUGGACAUAAGAAAAGUCAUAUUAGUUGAUAAAAAUUCACAACAUACAUUAUCUACAGGUGACGGUGCUAGUUGUAUCGAAAGAAUCACACCACCGGGAAUGCUAAAUGAGAAAAACUUCUCACCUAAAAGGAAAUUACUAGAGGAACAACAUUCAACACAAACACAAGAUGGUACUCUCUCGUGCUGUCAAAAGAAAAAAAUAAAGAUCGAUUCUUUGGGGUCUAGUCCAGACACAACUUCUUACAAAUUAAAUGGAAGACCAGUAAUUGAACCUACAAUAAAAGCCCCAAUAUCACCAAAAGAUAAUUGUUUUGAUCAAAAUGCUCAUAAAAACUGCAAUAAGAAAUGUUGUAAUACCCAUACUUGUGAGGGCAUGGAUAAUCAGCCAAUCCUAUUCUUAAGGGCCAAGAAAAAGGAAAAAGGCCUACUGCUUAAUGGGAAACUAAGUAUAUUAUCCAGUGAAAAUUAUGACGAAGAUACUAUUACCACUUCCCACAAAAACAAUAACGAUAAAAAGACAGACAAGGACGGUCAUUCUAUUAUCACGAGUACUGCACCUUCACUGGUUUCUGAAAAAGAAUUUCCGGAUAAACAAGUUGUUUCUUUUGGCGGGAAAAGUAACAGCAACAAUGAAUGUUGUGGUAGCAAAGAAAAGAAAGUUACCAUUUUUAAAUGCUGUAAACCAGCACAUCAAUCUCCAUCACAGCAACCAAGACAACAGCCUAACUUUGCAUACUUGCCGAGUCAAGCUGAUUUAGUUAAUACUGGUUUGUCUGAAAUGAAAAGUGUCCACAAUUCAGCAAGCAGUACACCAGAUAUAGUAAGUACUGCUAGUUAUCCAAAUCGUAACCAUGCAACCAUAAAUAAAAGGGAUGAACAGGUAGACAAUACUGGUAUCAAUGACGAUCUCCGCUCGAAUUUUGUUGAACUGUUUACUCAAGAAGGUUUAUAUUUGAGUACCGCCUGUUCAUGCCGUGCAAAUUGUCAAUGUGCAAAUUGUUUGAUUCAUAGAAAAGAUGACGAGCUAAAUAGUUAUAUCCAGCAACAUGUUAAUUACCCGCUUUCCAAUAUGGGAUAUGCCGAAAUUGCUAGUGAAAAUGCUAUAGCAAGCGCUUUACCACCACCUCAACAACUUCCCGCUCAAAAUCAAACCCAGCAGCUAAGUAAUCUGAAAAGAUGUCUAGAAAAACAAAUGUCACCACCUAGAAAAUAUAGUACUCCUGAGGCAAUAAUAGCAAAUAAAUCGGAUAUUUCUUCUACUAGUGCUAGCAGCAAUAAUGCGCAUGAUAAAAGGGAAGCCAGUACUAUAACCAGUAACAAACAAACUAUAAAUACAAUCAAUAAUAAUGUACUGAUGCCCAAAGUCGAUGAUAAAAAUAAGCUCGGUCAUAAUAAUGCAUGUGAUAAAGUUACUACCCCAUGUUUAUAUUCCAGUGAUCAAUGUAUAUCUUUAUCCUGUUUUGAACAUCCAUUUGAAUUAUUGUCUAUGAACCAAAUAUUUUUCAUUGGCUUAAGACAUAUUCGAUUGAAAAGGAAAACAGUUAUACUUUAUAAAAAAAAAUUACUUACAAGCAAAUAUUGGUGGGAUUUUUUGGCUAUGCAGAUCCCACUAAUAUUUAAUGGAACUGACCAGCAUUUUGCAGCUUUUGAUAUAUUGACUUGGUUUGAGAAUGCGAUAACUUUAUACAAUUCUGAAUUACUCACUGAUACAGGAAAUAUUGCCAUGAAUAUAAACUUGCUUAGAGAGAAAGCUAUCUUAUGA